CAAAAUAAUGGGCCGGAAUUGGAUUGUCCCAAUGUCCGUGUUCUCGGUGCACCAAUACUCUCCAAGCAAACGGUAGGGCGAACAGGAUAGCUAGAAGGGCUGCUGCAGAAUAACCUGGAAUUGGAGUUUAUUUAAUCAAAUAUACAUUAAAACAGGGGGAGAAAUGUUUUAUUUUUUAUAGGGUUUAAAUGGUAAUUUAAUAAGCCAAAUCGAGCUACCUACGUAAUCAUUAUUUCCAUAUAAGAUGUCCGCUUUUCUAUAUAAAAGUGAAAAUAAGCCUGGAAGUAACAUUUUUUCUUCAAAAAUUGUAUUUUUGUAAACUGUAUUGUGUAAUUUCAAACCACAAAUAAAUGUAUGACUGAUUUUUCCAGUUAAUUGAAGUUAUUUUUGAAGCUUUAUAGAAAUUGAGAUUUUGCCAGAAAUUCAAUAAGAUGCAUUUUGGUGUAUUAUAGGUAGUUUCCUAGUUUCAAACAUUAUCAUUUAUCAUUUAUAUGAUUAUGCAAGAAAAUUCGAUCUAAAUACCAAUACGCCCCUUUCAUUGUUAAUAAUCCACGUUUAUAUGACUUAUCACUAAUCAAAUUUGCUUACCAAAUUACCGCUGUUUACAUAAAAUUGAAGUGUGUUGAUGUUAUUAAGCGGAAAUUGGCAAAUCCGAUAAGUUGCACCUGGACAACAGUACCGAAAGUGUAUUUUGUGUGUGUGUUUAUGUGAGCGAUUAAAUUUAGAAAAUGAUAUAAAACUUUUCUCGGGAAAACCAGAUUUUUUGCAGUUAAUUGGUUAAUUCGUGAGUUGUGCACGGUGAAGAUGUGGUUCAAUCUGGGAUUAGUUUGUUUGACGUUGUUCAACGUAGCUUCAGCGUCGUUUCUCUACGGGCAACCGUGCAGCGACCGCAACACCGCCUACUUGUACCCCAACGACUGGAUAAUUCCAGAAAACUCAACAAACUGCAUCGACAUAACAAAAUCCGGAAACCCGGUUGCCGGCAACAGGACCGACUUUUUCAAGCUAGUCAAUCAGGCGGACACUCUGUACGCCGACCAUAUGAGCCUGGACCGUUUUCCGACCGCUAUAGUUUACGUUUUGCCCCGUCUGGAAAUGCUGGAUUUGUCCGGAAACGAAAUCAGACGUUUGCCUUAUAAAAUGUAUAAAGUAAUGCCGCGGGUAACGAAGAUGUUGUUGCCCGAAAAUGCCGUUUUCGUUCCGAGGAAGCGGCCGCUUUUCAAGUCGGUCUCGAUCAAAAUGCUGAUGCUCAGCAAGAAUCGUAUCCAGAAUAUUUAUCCCGGAACGUUUUCGAAAAUGCCCAAUUUGCAGAUAUUGUACCUGGAUGGAAAUAGACUUAAGUUUAUUAGUCCUGAUAUGUUUUUGCCGAUGUCUAGACUGUUGUUUUUGCAUUUGGGUGGAAACGCUAUUGAGGAGGCACCUCCGAAACAUCUAAUGCCGCUUUUACUAAAGUUUUACAUCAUCAAAGAUCAAAAGAAAGUUAUCAAGUAAUAAUGAUUGUAGUUUUGUUUGUAAUAAAACAUUAUUUAGCCUUAUAAA